AUUGCCACUCAGAAUCUCCGCGCGCUGCUCAGAGCCAGAGGCAGCUCAGGGAAGGAGCAAGCGAGCGCUUGGGAGUCCGGGCCAGCAGAGGGGGCGCCCGGCCUUUGCCUGUACCUCCCUCGCCGGCCAUCUCCGCCGCGCUCGGGGGCCCUGGGAGGAGCGAGAGCUAGUCGGCGAGUCCGGGAGCCGAGCCGGACGAGACCCAACUGCGGAGGGCGCCCGCCCCACUCAGCCGCCUCCUGCGCCCUAGCCAGGGAGCAUCGCCGACCGCCCAUCGGGCCGUGGAGCGGGGAGCAGCAGUCCCCGCAGCCCCAGGAAUGGUCUAGGAGCCGGCGCGAGACUCGCUGCUCUGCUCCCUGCCCGGGCUAGCCGCCUCCUGACGACCGCCUGGGGCUGCGAGCCGCGACGGCCCGGGGCUGCGCGCCCGGGCAGCCCAGGCCAGAGAAGUUAGUUGUGCGCGCCGCUUAGUGCGCGGAGCCAGCCAGCGAGCCGGGGAGCAGCGAGGCGCCGGGACCAUGGGCUGGGGGAGCCGCUGCUGCUGCCCGGGACGCCUGGACCUGCUGUGCGUGCUGGCGCUGCUCGGGGGCUGCCUGCUUCCAGUGUGCCGGACGCGCGUCUAUACCAACCACUGGGCAGUCAAAAUCGCCGGCGGUUUUCCGGAGGCCGACCGCAUAGCCAGCAAGUACGGAUUCAUCAACAUAGGACAGAUAGGGGCCCUGAAGGACUACUACCACUUCUACCAUAGCAGGACCAUUAAAAGGUCAGUUCUCUCCAGUAGAGGAACCCACAGUUUCAUUUCAAUGGAACCGAAGGUGGAGUGGAUACAACAGCAAGUGGUGAAAAAACGGACAAAGAGGGAUUAUGACCUCAGUCGUGCUCAAUCUACCUACUUCAAUGACCCCAAGUGGCCAAGCAUGUGGUAUAUGCACUGCAGUGACAAUACGCAUCCCUGCCAAUCAGACAUGAAUAUCGAAGGAGCCUGGAAAAGAGGCUACACGGGAAAGAACAUUGUGGUCACCAUCUUGGACGAUGGCAUCGAAAGAACCCAUCCGGAUCUGAUGCAGAACUAUGAUGCUCUAGCAAGUUGCGACGUGAAUGGGAAUGACUUGGACCCAAUGCCUCGUUAUGAUGCAAGCAAUGAGAACAAGCAUGGGACCCGCUGUGCUGGAGAAGUGGCAGCCGCUGCAAACAACUCUCACUGCACGGUCGGAAUUGCUUUCAACGCCAAGAUCGGAGGAGUACGAAUGCUGGAUGGAGAUGUCACAGACAUGGUUGAAGCGAAAUCAGUGAGCUUCAACCCCCAGCAUGUGCACAUAUACAGCGCCAGCUGGGGCCCAGAUGAUGAUGGCAAAACUGUGGAUGGACCAGCUCCUCUCACGCGGCAAGCCUUUGAAAACGGUGUUAGAAUGGGGCGGAGAGGCCUCGGCUCUGUGUUUGUCUGGGCAUCCGGAAAUGGUGGGCGGAGCAAAGACCACUGCUCCUGUGACGGCUACACCAACAGCAUCUACACCAUCUCCAUCAGCAGCACAGCAGAAAGCGGAAAGAAACCUUGGUACCUGGAAGAGUGUUCAUCCACACUGGCCACAACCUACAGCAGUGGAGAAUCUUACGAUAAGAAAAUUAUCACUACGGAUCUGAGGCAGCGUUGCACGGACAACCACACCGGGACAUCAGCCUCAGCCCCCAUGGCGGCGGGCAUCAUUGCGCUGGCCCUGGAAGCCAAUCCGUUUCUGACCUGGAGAGACGUACAGCAUGUUAUUGUCAGGACUUCCCGUGCGGGACAUUUGAACGCUAAUGACUGGAAAACCAAUGCUGCUGGUUUUAAGGUGAGCCACCUCUAUGGAUUUGGACUGAUGGACGCAGAGGCCAUGGUGAUGGAAGCAGAGAAGUGGACCACUGUUCCCCGGCAGCACGUGUGUGUGGAGAGCACAGACCGACAAAUCAAGACGAUUCGCCCCAACAGUGCAGUGCGCUCCAUCUACAAAGCCUCGGGCUGCUCUGACAACCCCAACCGCCAUGUCAACUACCUGGAGCAUGUCGUUGUGCGCAUUACUAUCACCCACCCCAGGAGGGGAGACCUGGCCAUCUACCUGACCUCACCCUCGGGAACCAGAUCCCAGCUUUUGGCCAACAGGCUAUUUGAUCAUUCCAUGGAAGGAUUUAAAAACUGGGAGUUUAUGACCAUUCAUUGCUGGGGAGAACGAGCCGCUGGUGACUGGAUCCUUGAAGUAUAUGAUACCCCCUCUCAACUGAGGAACUUUAAGACUCCAGGUAAAUUGAAAGAAUGGUCUUUGGUCCUCUACGGCACCUCCGUCCAGCCAUAUUCACCAACCAACGAGUUUCCUAAAGUAGAACGUUUCCGCUACAGCCGAGUUGAAGACCCCACAGAUGACUAUGGUACAGAGGAUUAUGCAGGUCCCUGUGACCCUGAGUGCAGCGAGGUUGGCUGUGAUGGGCCAGGACCAAACCACUGCAAUGACUGUUUGCACUACUACUACAAGCUGAAAAACAACACCAGGAUCUGUGUCUCCAGCUGCCCUCCUGGCCACUACCAUGCGGACAAGAAGCGAUGCAGGAAGUGUUUCCCCAACUGUGAGUCCUGCUUUGGGAGCCAUGGCGACCAGUGCCUGUCCUGUAAAUAUGGAUACUUCCUGAAUGAAGAAACCAACAGCUGUGUUACUCACUGCCCUGAUGGGUCAUAUCAGGACACCAAGAAAAAUCUUUGCCGGAAAUGCAGUGAAAACUGCAAGACAUGUACUGAAUUCCAUAACUGUACAGAAUGUAGGGAUGGGUUAAGCCUGCAGGGAUCCCGAUGUUCUGUCUCCUGUGAAGACGGGCAGUACUUCAAUGGCCAGGACUGCCAGCCAUGCCACCGCUUCUGCGCCACUUGUGCUGGGGCAGGAGCUGAUGGGUGCAUUAACUGUACAGAGGGUUACUUCAUGGAGGAUGGGAGAUGUGUGCAGAGCUGUAGUAUCAACUAUUACUUUGACCACUCUUCAGAAAAUGGAUACAAAUCCUGUAAAAAAUGUGAUAUCAGUUGUUUGACGUGCAAUGGCCCAGGGUUCAAGAACUGUACAAGCUGCCCCAGUGGGUAUCUCUUAGACUUAGGAAUGUGUCAAAUGGGAGCCAUCUGCAAGGAUGGAGAAUUCAUUGACCAGCACGGCCAUUGCCAGACCUGUGACGCCUCGUGUGCCCAUUGCCGGGGGCCAACCCAGGAAGACUGCACGGGCUGCCCCGUGGCAAGGAUUUUUGACGAUGGCCGCUGUGUUUUGAACUGUCCUUUAUGGAAAUAUGAAUUUCAGAACCAGUGCCAUCCAUGCCACCAUACCUGCCAGAGCUGCCAAGGAAGUGGGCCUGCCAACUGCACCUCCUGUGGCUCAGACAAGCGUGGCCGAGAGUACUUCCUGUACCAGGGAGAGUGUCGAGAGAGCUGCCCAGCAGGUCACUACCUUGCCAAGGGGCACAGCUGCCUGCCCUGCCCGGACAACUGUGAGCUUUGCCCCAGCCCACAUGUCUGCGUGAGAUGCAGGGCUGGCUACUUCGUUGUGUCCACCAACCACACCUGCCAGAAGUUAGAGUGUGGACAAGGUGAAGUCCAAGACCCGGACUAUGAAGGAUGUGUGCCUUGUGAAGAGGGAUGUCUGGGGUGCAGCUCAGAUGAUCCAGGAACCUGUACGUCAUGUGCUGUGGGCUAUUACAUGUUUGAACACCAUUGUUAUAAAACCUGUCCCGAGAAGACCUUCCGUGAGCAAUCGGAAUGCAAAGCAUGCGACACUAACUGUGGCAACUGUGACCGGAAUGGGUGUUACUGGUGUGAAGAGGGCUUUUUCCUCUCAGGUGGCAGCUGUGUGAGGAAAUGUGGCCCUGGCUUCUAUGGUGACCAAGAAAUGGGAGAAUGUGAGCCCUGCCACCGAGCCUGCAAAACCUGUACGGGCCUUGGCUACGACGAGUGCAGCAGCUGCCCCGACAGACUGCAGCUGCGGAACAGGACGUGCGUGCGGCCCGCGCAGACCCACGUGGAAGGCCGGUUCUGGAAUGAAGCUGUGCCCACUGCAAACCCAUCUUUACUGAAGAGCCUGCUGCAGGAGCGACGAAGGUGGAAGGUUCAAAUCAAAAGAGACAUUUUCGGAAGAUACCAGUCUUGUCAUUCUUCUUGUAAAACCUGCAGUGGAUCUGCAACUCUAUGCACUUCCUGUCCAGAAGGUACAUAUCUGUUGGCCCAGGCCUGUGUUUCCUCCUGUCCCCAAGGCACAUGGCAUUCCACAGGGAGUGGGAGCUGUGAGAAAUGUGCAGAGGACUGUGCCUCUUGCUCUGAAGCUUCUCUUUGCAUGAAGUGCCAGGAUCAGCCGGGCCACCCUCUCGUCCUCCAUGAAGGCAGGUGCUACUCUCAGUGUCCCAAUGGCUUCUAUGCAGAGAAUGGCAGGUGUGAACGCUGCAGUUCCACUUGCAGAACAUGUGAAGAAAAUGCCUUCAACUGCCAUUCCUGUGAAGGAGACCUUGUCCUGCACCAUGGACUGUGCCAGGAGUCCUGUCCUGAGGGGCACGUGGCUGUGGAGGGUGUGUGCAAGCAUUGCCCAGAGAGCUGUCAGGAAUGCAUCCACGAGAAAACAUGCAAAGAAUGCAUGCCUGGGUUCUUCCUGCAAAAUGACAUGUGCCAUCAGUCCUGUCCCAAAGGCUUCUAUAAGGACUCACGCCAUUGUGUCCUCUGUCAUGAAGACUGUCUGGAAUGCAGAGGCCCAGAAGCUGAUGACUGUGAUGUCUGUGCUGAUGCUUCCUUGGUCCUCUAUAAUGGGCUGUGUUUGGACGAGUGUCCAUUAGGAACUUACUAUGAAGAAAAUACUAAUAAUUGCAGAGAUUGCCACAAGGCCUGCUCUGCCUGCUCAUCAUCGAGGACCUGCACGGCUUGCCAGGAAGGCCUGAGGCUGAGCAGCCACGGGGAGUGCGUGGCUAAGAAGGAGUGCAGCCGCUCCGAGUACUGGGAUGAGGAGGCUUCUCGCUGCAAGCCCUGUCACGCUCAGUGCUUUAGCUGCACAGGGCCCGCUGAAGACCAGUGUCACGGUUGUCCAAGGAAGAGCCUUCUUCUCAACACGACCUGUGUGGAGAACUGCCCAGAGGGCUACUACGCGGAUGAGGACAGCCACCGCUGCGCGCCCUGCCACAGUUCCUGCAGGACGUGUGAAGGGAGACACAGUGGGCAGUGCCGCUCCUGCCGACCAGGCUGGCUGCAGCUGGGGAGGGAGUGCCUGCGGCAGUGCAGAGAAGGAUCUUAUGCAGAAAACUCCACCAGCCAGUGUGAGAGGUGUGAUAGGAGCUGCAAGGCGUGCCGGGGCCCGCAGCCCACAGACUGCCUGUCUUGCGAUACCUAUUUCUUCCUGCUCCACUCCAAGAGAGAGUGUUAUCGCACCUGCCCAGAUCACUACUACGCAGACCAAAACACGCAAACCUGCGAGAGAUGCCAUCCAACUUGUGAUAAGUGCAAAGGAAAGGAUGCAUUGAGUUGCUUGUCCUGUGUGUGGAAUUACCACCUCAUAGGAGGAAUCUGUGUCUCGGACUGUUACCCAGGGUCAUACAGAGUUGGAGAGGGAGAGAAAUUCCACUGUGAAAAAUGCCAUGAGAGCUGCGUGGAAUGCAAGGGAUCUGGCAUCAAGAACUGCACCAAUUGCCCUGCCAACCUGCGGCUGCACUGGGACGACAGCCGCUGCCUACACUGCUGCAACGCCUCCGGUCCCACCCAGGCCCAGGAGUGCUGUGACUGCCAGGACACCACGGACGAAUGUAUCCUUCAGACAAGCGAGGUUGGGCCUGCAGCUGAGCGCACCAAGACAGGUCUGCUCAUCACCUCCUCCAUCAUGCUGGUGCUUCUGCUUGGGGCAGCUGUGCUGGUCUGGAGAAAAUCUCGGGGCAGAGCCCGGGCAGCAGAAAAGUCUGGCUAUGAAAAGCUGGCUGAUCCCAACAAGUCUUAUUCCUCCUAUAAGAGCAGCUAUCGAGAGAGCACCAGCUUUGAAGAGGAUCAGGUGAUCGAGUACAGGGACCGGGACUACGAUGAGGAUGAUGAGGAUGACAUCGUCUACAUGGGCCAAGAUGGCACCGUCUACCGGAAAUUUAAGUAUGGGCUGCUGAAUGAUGAAGAGGAAGAUGAGCUGGAAUAUGAUGACGAGAGUUAUUCGUUUCAGUAAAUGGAUGGUGUCCCACUCCCAUUGCACUCACGGGCACGUCUGUGAGCAUCACACACCAGGCUGAGGUGUGAGUGUUAGUAUUUAUCUUUUUAACCAAGAGUCCAACCAGAAUAUGUAAGAAAUAUUUUGUUGUUCUUUGGCUAGAUUUAACGUACACCUCCUGUUCAAUCAUAAUUAAGGAGCAAGGAUAAAAUUUGGAGGCAUUUUCCUCAAAACAAUAUGUCAAGACUCAAAAUGCAGGAAGUAAAAAUGAGUAAGAUUUGUAUGAACUUUUUUUGUGAUCAAAAAAAAAAAACAAAAAAGGCACAAUAAAUCUAUAGAGAUUCUGUUUCCAAACUGCAUCAUGGCGGCAUUUGCUGCCUUCUGGUGUUCUGAUUUUUCUUUAACGAAUUUUAGGGAUAAGGGGGGUAUGAGAGAGCUUUUGGUUUGGGGGGCUUUUUCCUCCCCCUUUAGUUGUCUUUAGGUAGAGAUUUACCUUGUAGUGUAGGGGCCAAGAAAAGAGAGUUCUUCUUAAGUGACUCCAGAGCACCUUAGGUGAGCAGAAGAGACCAACUCUUCUGAGGCUGCUCAGCACCCAUUUAGAGUUGAGGAAAGAAAAGACAAGCAGAAUCACAGUUGAGGAAACAUGAGUUCACUGGGCUCUGGUUCCUCUGCAUUGAUCCAAAGUCACCAAGAUUCUCAGGGCAGAGCAAGCGCAGGCAGGAGACAAGUAAGAGAGCAAGCCCAGUGAGAAAUAAACCACCAAGUUGCCAAGAAUUGCACCCUCCUGAUUUGUUUUCUAAGAGCUUCUCUGGUAGGAAAUAUCAGCUAAGAUACCAAGUACUAAAAGAAAAAUGGCAGCCUUAACCUAACAUAAAAUGGGAUAAAAUGACCAAAACCUUUUCUGUUUUAAAAGAAAACAUUAGUGAAUUAACCAGAAUAGCUUGCUUUCAUCAACAGCUCAUCACAAAACUGUGUAUCUUUCAUAGAAAAAGUUGGAAACUACCACAGGGGGGAAAAAAAUCCCAAAGUUCUGCUCAUCAGCUUUAAUCUGGCUGCCGACCAGCCUUGCAACACUCCUUAUCACUGUGAUUUUAGUUUAGAUCUCCUACACUGCCCUUUUUCUACUCCCCUGCUAAAUGUGCAAUGGGACUCAUGCACCUGGGGACAGUUUUUCUGCAGCUAGUAAUACAGAAAGAGGAGAACUUGAUAUGCAAAAUUAUGCAAGUGGGAUCUUACCUUGUUAAAGCCCAAGUUAUAGGUAGUGCUAGGAGUGGAACCCCAACAAGUAAAAGUGAUAUUUUCAGGUGGUGAUGGUGAUAAUCAUAAUAAAAUUCAUUACACAACUACUGUGUACCAGGUACUGAGCUAAAUAAUUCCUUUAAGAAUUCACCCCACUUAUCCACUUAAUACUUACCAUCACUCUAUGAGGUUGUUAUCAUUAUUACCCUGUUUUUGUAGGAUAUCUGAGGCUUUAGAAGAGGUUAAGUAACUUAGCCCAAGGUCAUGAAAAGCUAAUCAAUAUUCAAGGAAAAAGAAUAACCCUAAAAAAUAAAAAUAAGAUAAAUUAAAACUAAAUAAAGUUAAACAAAAUGACCCUAUUGCAAGUCUUAUUAUCUUUGCUACACUGACAUAAGGUGGGGAAAUAAGCAUCCUAAAUAUAAUAUAACAAAGUCAUGCCAUUAUUUUAUUCUAUCAUAUCGAUACUUGUAACACCGACAUAGGAAAUCUCCAUGAAGAACUCUUCAGUUUACUGAAGGCUUGUAUUUCUUUAGAAAAAAUUCCCUAAAACUGGGAUUGUCCAUCUGUGGAAAGAGCCAGAUAGGAAAUACUUUAAGCUUUGUGGGCUCAAGGGUCUCUGUCAAAAUUACUCCAGAUCUGCUUUCUUUCUUUUUAAUUUGUUUUUCCAAAAUAUUAGGAGGGUGCAAAUGUUUCUGGUUACAUGGAUUGCUUUUGAAAUGCUUGAGUCACAGGUAUAAGCGUGACCAUCACCCAAACAGUGUUCAUUGUACCUGUUAGGUAAGUUUUCAGCCAUCCCUUGUCCUGCUUCCCUCAGCUCUGCUUUUGUAGCAUGAAGCCAGCUGGUACUUAAUGCAUGGGUGAAUUGUGUUCCAAUAAAACUUUAUUUAUGGACACUGAAAUAUGAAUUUCAGAUAAUUUUCACAUAUCGUAAAAUUUUAUUCUUCUGAUCUUUUUUCAACCACUUAAAAAUAUGAAGACUAUUCUUAGUCAUGGCAGUAUUUUUUUCUUUUUUGAGACAGAGUCUCACUGUGUCACCCUUGGUAGAGUGCUGUGGCGUCACAGCUCACAGCAACCUCCAACUCUUGGGCUUACGCGAUUCUCUUGCCUCAGACUCCUGAGUAGCUGGGACUACAGGCACCCGCCACAAUGCCCGGCUACUUUUUGUUGCAAUUCUCAUUGCUGUUUUAGCAGGCCAGGGCCGGGUUCAAACCUACCACCCUCGGUAUAUGGGGCUGACUCCCUGCCCACUAAGCCACAGGCACCACUCUCUUGGCAGUAUUAAAACAGGUGGCAGGCCAGAUUUGGCCAAAAGGCUGUCGUUUGCUGACUGUGUCUUGAAAAAGUCCUUCAGAGAACAUGUAUAUCCCAAACACAUAUGCUAUAUUAUCAGAAAUGUUCAUCAUUUAAAAUAUUUUUUAGAAGUUAUGUCCAAAUUGGCUGCCCAGAGAGAGCCCUUUUAUUUUCAUUUUUAUUUUUUUAUUGAAAAGGUCUCAUUAUGUUGUCCAACCUGGUCUCAAACUCCUGGCCUCAAGCAAUCCUCCCACCUCAGCCUCCCAAAGUGCUGGGAUUGCAGGUGUAAGGUACCAUACCCAACUUGAUCGUUUAAAAUUACCUCUUCAAAAUCUAUAUGAAGCCCUGAGAGUUUCCUUUUCAAUUCUUAAAAAUAUAUAAGAAUAUAUGUAAGAGAGCUAUCAUAUCAAUAGAAGAAUUUCUGAUCCCUUAUAAAUAGUGAGCUUACAGACACAAGUAAUUUUCUUUAUAUUGUGUUAUUCACCUUCCUUGAUAAUUCUAAAGCUCUAGCAGACUGAAUUUGACCUUUCUUUCUGUAGCCUGGAAAUCGUUUUCUGAGAAAAAAAAAAAAACUGUGUUCAUGAUACACAGUUAGAGGUGGAAUGAGGUCGAGUUGACCUUGAAUAUUAAGAAAAACUGUUGUUACUCUAUAUGACCUGCAAUGAAAAGGAGGCUCGUGCUGGGUAUUGGUGAGAUCUGACCUCUUCUCUUCUUUGAUUUUAGUCAUGUCACAUUACUCUCAGACUGCUUUUGAAUACUAUGGUAACAACUAUCUAAAUAGAUAAGUAUGUGGUUGGAAAACAAAGUUGCAUUUGGUCUUCUGUUAGCAAAUAAAUUGUAAAUAUUAAGAGAAUCCAUAUAGAAUGGAAAUAUACCAAGGGACUAAAUAAAAGCUUGGAAGGUUCUGGUUCCUAGGAAGUAAUUUUAAAAUUGAAAAUAAAAUUAAAAAAAGACCAGAUAAUGGUGUGGAGGUUUUAUUAUUAAAGAAACAUUUCUGGGUAUUUUUAUGUGUAUUAUUUAUGCUUUACCAAGUAAGAGAUGUGAAACAAUAAAAGAGUGUGUUUUUUUUACUUUUUAGC